AUGGGUUACGAUUUAGCUGAGGUAAAGAAAAAGUUUGCUGCGAAAACGGUUAACUACGUAGAAAAGAAGGAUCCGAAAAGUAUCCUACCACAAGCAGGAAAACGAAAUAUUCUGAUUACUGCUGCCCUGCCAUAUGUUAAUAAUGUUCCUCAUCUUGGAAACAUCAUUGGGUGUGUGCUCAGCGCCGAUGUUUUUGCUAGGUACUGCAAUCUCCGAGGCCAUCAAACUUUCUAUGUCGGAGGAACUGAUGAAUAUGGAACUGCUACCGAAACCAAGGCUCUCCAAGAAAAAUGUACACCACGAGAGCUUUGUGAUAAGUAUCAUACCAUUCAUAAAGGUAUUUAUGAAUGGUUUGGCAUUGACUUCACCCAUUUCGGAAGAACUACCACUGAUCAUCAAACAGAGAUCUGCCAAGACAUGUUUAUGAAACUUCACCAAAACGGCUACACUUCAACACAGUCCGUUGAUCAAUUAUUUUGCAACAACUGCGAUAAGUUUCUCGCUGACCGUUUUGUCACUGGAACAUGUCCGUAUUGUGCAUAUGAUGAUGCUCGAGGGGAUCAAUGCGACGGAUGUGGGAAGCUGAUCAAUGCUGUGGAAUUGAAGAACGCGAAGUGUCAUAUGUGUAAAAGUGCUCCAGAGGUGAAACAAUCAACUCACAUCUUUCUUUCUUUGGAUAAGCUUCAAGAAAAAACCGCAAAGUACUUGGAUGUAGUGAUGAAUGAUAAUCCGGACUCUCGAUGGUCAGCAAAUGCAGUGGGAAUCACAAAUUCCUGGACGAAACUUGGAUUGGAACCACGUUGUAUCACUCGAGACCUGAAAUGGGGAACACCAGUACCACUAGAGGGAUUUGAAAAAAAAGUUUUCUAUGUAUGGUUCGAUGCGCCGAUCGGUUACCUUUCGAUUACGAAGUGCGUUCUCGGAGAUGAUUGGACAAAAUGGUGGAAAAAUCCGAAAAAUGUCGAGCUGUAUAAUUUCGUUGGAAAAGAUAACGUUGCUUUCCAUGCUGUUAUGUUCCCAUGCUCUCAACUAGGAGCCAAUGAUAAUUACACUGUUGUUAAUCACUUGUGUGCUACCGAAUAUUUGAACUAUGAGGAUACCAAGUUCAGUAAAUCGCGUGGAACUGGAAUCUUUGGAGAUGCUGCUCAAGGAACUGGAAUCCCUGCAGAUAUUUGGAGAUUCUAUUUAUUGUACAUGAGACCUGAAAGCCAGGACACUGCAUUCAGUUGGGAUGAUUUCGUGCUGAAAGUGAACAGCGAGCUGCUGAACAAUCUCGGAAAUUUCAUCAAUCGUGCGCUUUCAUUCGUCAGCAAUUUCUUCAGUGGUGUGAUUCCUGAGAUUCAGUUAACUGAUGCAGACGCCGAAUUCCUUGAAGAAGUCAAUAAAGAAUGUGAACAAUGGGACAAACAAUUCGAUCGAGUGCAUCUCAAAGACGCUGUGAAAAGUAUUCUGAAUGUUUCACGCUUAGGAAAUCAGUAUAUGCAAGCUCAAACUCCGUGGGUACUCAUGAAAGGAAGUGAUGAAGAAAAGAAACGAGCCGGAACAAUUAUCGGAGUAGCUGCCAAUAUUGCUUAUCAUCUAGCUGUCAUUCUGUACCCUGUCAUGCCUUCGAUUUCAGCUACGAUCCGCGAGCAAUGUGGUUUGCCAAAACUUCCAAUCUUCUCUCCGUUCCCUAUUAAUUAUCUGAAAUCGGGACACAAAAUCGGAAAACCAUCUCCUCUUUUCCAAAAGCUUGAUCCAGUUCAAAUCGCGGAAUUUAAAGCAAAGUUCGGAGGAUCACAAGACGCCCAAAACGCUUCUCCAGCCGCCGAGAAACCAAAACAACAGAAGAAGCAAGCUCCCACCAAAGACAAAAAAGGCGGAGACAAGAAGAAGAUGGCCUCCACUGCUGCUUUCGUCGAACUUGAACAGGGAGCGAAAAUGAUUUCUCAACUACUCGCCCAAAACAUGAAGAAAUUCGAGCAAGCCAAAGCUCUUUUCGCACGCAAUCAGUUACAAAAACUGGAAGAGGAAAACAAACAACUCAUUCUGGACGCCAAAUCUCUUCAACAUCAUUUGAUUGAGUUAGAAACAGCUGCAGGCAUUAAGCAGAUCCCUAAACCCGUCGUUUCAUGCACUCCAACACCAACUUCUACUCCCGCUUCCGGAAUCAUCGCUGAAACUCCAAAAAGCGCCGAACCAGCUCCAGCGCCAGCUGCUGAACCAAAGAAAGCAAAAGAACAGAAGAAGGGAAAAGGAGGAGGAGCUGCUGCAGCUCCAGUGGACGAUUCUAUCGAUGUGGGACGAUUAGACAUGCGCGUUGGUCGAAUCAUCAAAUGUGAAAAACAUCCAGAUGCUGAUGCUCUCUACGUGGAACAAAUCGAUGUCGGAGAAGCUUCUCCAAGAACUGUUGUAUCAGGACUCGUUCGUCAUGUUCCUCUAGAUCAAAUGCAGAAUCGUCUUGUGGUCGUUUUAUGCAAUCUGAAACCAGCUAAAAUGCGUGGUGUUGAGUCACGAGCGAUGGUUAUGUGCGCCUCAUCUCCGGAAAAAGUGGAAAUUAUGGAAGUUUCACCAGACAGUGUCCCAGGAACUCCGGUUGUCUGUCCGCCAUAUACUCACAGACCUGAUGAGCAGCUGAACCCCAAAAAGAAGAUCUGGGAAACAGUCGCUGAGGACUUGAAGGUUUCUGCAGACGGUUUUGCCGAGUGGAAAGGACAACCACUUCUUGUUGGAAACGCAACUAAAAUGACAGCUCCAACUCUUCGUGGAGUUCAUGUCAAAUAA